AUGAGUGCGAAGUCGGCCGCCGGCGACAAGUGCAAGUGGUGCUGCAGGUCUUUCCGCUCCCCGAACCCGCUGGUGAUGUCUCCAAAGCCCGAUGAUUACUUGCCGCGGCGGACUCCCCUGUCAAAGGAGUGUCGCAGCUGCUUCACAAUUCAGAGUUCCGACCCAGAGCUCUCCAAGAUGGAUGCUUCCGAGCUCCAGCAGAACCUGGGCGAGCAGUCUUUCCGAGACUCCUACCUGCAGAAACUGGAGAACUGGGAAGAGCUACGCCGGCAAGGCAAGAGGCAGCGAGUUGAUAAGAAGUCCACUGCCGUGAUCGCCGAGCAGAGCACUUCGCUGGAAACUCGCCAGGUUUUGGGUUACUUGUGGCCCAAAGCACUUUUGAAGCAGGAGAAGGUGGACUUUCAGCACAAGAAGCUCACGACGAUUGAGCAUGCCGGCAGGCGUGUCAAAGGGCUGCUGAGGCAGUCCUGGACCUUGGGUGCCAUCGAGGUGCUUCAGACAGCGGCGAAAACGGCCAAGCGCCAACGUGUGGAGUCCGUCAGCGAUGGCGAAGCCGACGGUGAAGGAAGUGGGGGCGAGACGAAGUUUGCUGCUAUGCAGCAGCAAGUGCGGGCGAGGGUGUCGGAGAACAAGGGUGACAAUGAGGAAGUGGCUUUGAGGAUGCCCGCCAAGUCCCAGAGUCUCGAGGAUGACCUGACAGCCAUCCUGUGGGGAGGAGUAGGCGGUGGUGGUAGUUCCGCUGCGGGGCGGGACCACGGCUCCACGUCUGGUGGCGAGAUCGAGGAGACACGUGUGCAAGGGCGGACUCGCCAAGCCAAGCGGGGCUUGGAGAGCUUCAGCGGCAGAUCUGCCCAGCCUGCGCCCGGCUCGUCAGCUUCUCAAGCUUCGCAUCCGCAGCCGGUGCCCAAGAGCAAGAGUCGAAAGCAAGCAGCCGAGUCCCGCGAGCUCGACAAGAGCGAAGCCUUAGUACUCCAAGCUACCCAGCUUAUCGGAUGCCUCCAAUGCCCCGAGUCUUUCAUGUCGGUUCAGUUGCAGAAGGCCACCAGCUUGCUGAAGAGCUUGAAGAACCGCUUGUCCGAGGAGUCUUGGCUUCCCGAGCUGAAAGUACGAUUAAUCGCCACUGCUCUGGACUUGAAGUGGUGCCCCAGUGCUAAGAAGUACGAUUUGUUGCCGUUGCUCUGGCCUCAAAGUGGUGCCCCAGACCUCAUUGGAAUCUACUCAGAAGCUGUUCGUCGCGAUGGCAGUGGCGAGGACUCCCGGGCUGCAGUCGUGUGGGAGGGUCUGAAGGAGAAGAUCGCGAUGGUCGAGGCUGCGGUGUCGUUCGUUGAGGCCCUCCACGACGAGGAAGCCAGUGCUGGCACGUUGAGCACACGUGCUGCUGCCCUCCGGGCCGUCGGAGUCAAGUUGCCGAAGAACGUCAACAUGGUUGUGUGCCGCCGGGAGAUUGAGGCCAAGAUCUAUAAAAACGAGUUCGCGGGUUUCUUCGACUUCCUGAACCCUGACAAAGUUGCUGACAAUCCCAAUGGCAUCAGUGCCGUGAUGAACGGCAGCACAACAACUCCACGUGAUGACCCGGAGAUCUUCGACUUCCAGGUUGGCUCGCUUGUGCAGGCUUUGAACUCUAUGUUGCUGACCUGCUGGAAAGAUCCAACCUUGGAGGGAUGUGAUUCUACCUCAUCGGCUGCCACACACAAGCAGUCGGUUGAUACCGACUCCGCCGCUUCCAAGGAAGAGGCGAAUGCCAAGGCUCGGCGGGCUUUGGAUGCCAGUGUUGGUCGCAUCGCGAAGUUCUUCCAGGUGUACAACGACUCCUUCCUUGCGACGGUGGUGGCCGAGUCCACGACCAACCUCCUGCAGGAUGACAUUCGUCGCUUGAGUAGUCUGGUUACUCAUGCCACUUCUGAGCAAGAGCUGAGCAUGGAGGACUGCGACAUUGUGGGCGGGCACAAGGCGGCGAUGAUCAAGAACAAACAGGGCUCUUUCCACAAGAGUUUGACAUUGUUUCCUGUCGGGAUACAUCUCAUGGAGACCAUCUCAGAAAAGAUCAACAGGGUUAAAAGGGAACAGCUCCUCCACCUGGACUUGGCCACCGCCGCGAACAUUGCACAGGAGCUCAAGGCCAUGACCGUCGACACUUUGCUUAAGGCAUCAAAAGACAAAGACAAAGGCAGCCAAGGUGAGCUUGAGGUCUGUGUGCCAAGUUCGUCGAAGGUCAUUGAUAUGACCACGAAAUGGCUCGCAGCCAGUGAGGCAUCGGCGACCUUCGUUUCGCAAAACAAAGAGCGGUUGCAUGUUGUGGAGCAGAAGAUUCUUGAGUUGAAGGGCGGCCUCCUCAGUGUGGUGGCCACCAAGACUCGCGACUACGAAAAGAUCGACGGCUUCCUCAACGAGCUUUGCUUGCAGAAGGGCUUGUCGCAGGAUGAUGUUGCAAGCUGCAGCAGCCUUUUGUCAAAUCUCGCUGCAUGCCAGCCUUUGCACAAGCUUGCUUCGUUAAAAUUCCUUGGCAAAGUGCAUGCUCAGGAACUUGAAGCCUGCAUGAAUAGUUCAUGGAAGCUGUUUACGUGCUUGUCUCACAACUUUGAAGCCCUCGUCAAGCUGACCACAGUUCCUGCUAGCGAGGGUGGCAUCCUACACCAGAAGGUGAUCGACCUGUACGUGUUGCUGCACGACGAUGCCGUGAUCCAGAGCGUGGGCAAGACUGCACCGUGGUUCAACUUGGGUCUACAGGCCGCACAGGGGUUCUUAGAGGGCAAUGCAAAGGAUUGGAUUGCAACCACGGCAGCGACCUUCCUGGAGUUCACUUUUGCUUUGCUCCAGACCGAGCCCAACUACGAGGAGAUCUUCAACAACGACACGAACUUCGCCCAAGUUGCCGACUUCGAGGAGGGGAGCAAGGUUGACUUUGUGUCCGUGUCUUCUUCCCUAGUAAAGCCCUUGAGAUCUGGACCGGGGCGAUCCAUGAAGGUCAUCCACCCGAAGAAAGACACUGAUGCCGAUGCCCAAACUCAGGUUGACAUGCAUGUAUCCUUCAUAUGCAUGUGUGGUGUCUUGGCGCAAAUCUCCAAAUAUGUUCGUUCGCUCAAGACCAGCCUGCAAAAGGCAGAGGAGGCGGGGAUCUUCAAUGACGUCUUGGACUUAGCAGUGGGAGCUCUCAAGGCACAGGACAAGACUUUCGUUUUCCGAAGCAGGGCAUCUAUCCUUGGUGCCACGGCUCCUAUCCUCACCCACAUCGCUCAAGCACUUCAGCAGUUUGAUGCAGUGGCCAACGACAGCAAGAAGGACGACAUCACCUUCGCAUCCGUGGAGGCUUACUACAAGUGGCUCACAGCCAAGAUCCAGGAGCAGGUGGGCCGUGCACUGAACUUUGCCAACAAUGAAGUCGCUGCCAUCGUGCGGGAUGGCCGAUCCUUGUACGAGACGGUGGCGAGCAAGCAUGGAGCACCGGAACUCUUCCAGGCAGAGUCCCUCAAUAAGCAGGCCAUUCAGGCGCUGGUGAGUGACCCCGCUGGGCAGAAGGUGGCCUUGUUUGCAGCACGGGCUUCAGAGUCUUUGUCUUCAGUGCGACAGUGGCUGUCGCAGAGCUUGCGGCAUCUUCCCCAAGGCAGUGCAAUUUCGUCUACAUGCCUUUCGCUGGUGUCGGCGAUCGAGGCGGAUAUCGACAGCUUUCAGGCAUCGGGUGACACUGGCAAGACUGAAGGCGGUGUUAAAAUCGUGAACUUGCGAUCGCUACAGGGCCUUCAAAUCAGUAUGACAAUGGCCCAAGCCAUGGUCCGCGACCUGGGUGGCGGCGAGACCCGCAUCGGGCUGGUGAGCAGAUGCCAUCAGCUGGCUUUGUCGAAGAGCUUGUGCAUGGAUCCCGUUUUGUUGAAGAAGGCACAGAGCAUGCUUAAUCUGAAAGGCAAGUAG